AUGUUGGCGUUCGGCCUUCUCAUCUUCUUGUCUUCUGUGUCAAUAAAUGAAGCAGUAAGUGUUCCUGGAGUGACGCCGAAUGAGUUUUAUAAGGGGGAUUCUAUUGAAGUCAGGGCCGUAAAGUUGACUAGCUACUUAACUCAACUCCCUUUUGAGUAUUAUAAACUCCCAUUCUGUCGUCCGAAGCAGUUAGUUGAGUACCCACCGGAGAAUAUUGGUGAGAUACUUCGCGGUGAUCGUGUCGUCAAUACUCCAUAUUCGAUAAAAAUGGCCGAAAAUACAGGUUGUUCUGAAGUCUGUCCACCUCUCACUUUAAGCGGUGCUGAUGCCGUCCUCCUGAGGCAUUUCAUUUUAAGCCAGUAUUCUGUUCAUCUGUCUAUCGAUAACCUUCCUUGCGGAACCAAAGUGUCUUCUGAUAACGGAAAAACCUUUCGAUAUGAGCACGGAUACAGACUUGGGUCAGUUGUCGAUGGAGUGGCUUAUGUUAAUAAUCACCUAAAGUUUAUACUGCAAUACCACCAAACUGAUGAUGGUCACUACCGUUUUGUCGGCUUUGAAAUCGAACCCAUGAGGUGUCAUAUUCAUGAUACUUAUCCGAACUUUAAGGAAGGAUAUUGCCAAAUAUAA